UCCCGCAGGCCCCGCCCAGUCCCAUUAAACCACAGCCUUAACAACAACAGCAUGGCAGUUACCAUGGGAGUCCCGGGGUGCUUACGGCAGGUUUUGAGAGGAAAAGCUGGAGAUUUUCUAUUUCUUGCUCCUCAGAGAUUUUUCAGUACUACGUUCAAGGUGAGAAAAUUUCACACCAUCACAUCACAUCCCAAUGACAGGAAUCUGUUCCAUAUUGGGGAGAGGCCUCCGAUCUCCAGAUUGAACUGAACAAACAUCUAAAGCCCAAACCAGAUUCUAGCAAGCUGGUCUUUGGGAAAAAUUUCACGGACCAUAUGUUAACUGUGGAGUGGAGCAAAGAAAAUGGCUGGGGAAAACCACACAUCAAACCUUUCCAGAAUCUCUCUCUGCACCCAGCCUCUUCAGCCCUGCAUUACUCAGUGGAGCUUUUUGAAGGAAUGAAAGCUUUCCGGGGUUCGGAUCAGUGCAUCCGGCUUUUUCGCCCCAUGCUCAACAUGAAUCGCAUGUUACAAUCCUCUCGUCGAGCUUGCUUGCCUGCUUUUGAUCAGUCUGAAUUGCUUGAAUGCAUCCAGCAGCUGAUCCGGGUGGACCAAGAUUGGGUCCCACACUCCAGCACGGCCAGUCUUUACAUCCGUCCCAUCUUGAUUGGCACCGAGCCUUCCUUGGGGGUCGCCAUUUCCAAUCACGCACUGCUCUUUGUGAUCUUGGGCCCUGUGGGUCCUUAUUUUACUACCGGAAGCUUCAAUCCCGUUUCCCUCCUGGCUGAUCCCCAAUUUGUCCGUGCCUGGAUAGGUGGCGUUGGCAAUUGCAAAGUAGGAGGCAACUAUGGCCCUACCAUAUAUGUGCAAAGAGAGGCUGCCAAACUGGGUUGCCAGCAGGUUUUGUGGCUGUAUGGAGAUGACCACCAAAUCACUGAAGUUGGGACCAUGAAUAUUUUCUUGUUUUGGAAGGACCAAGAGGGAGAUAUGGAGCUGGUCACCCCUCCACUUAAUGGAAUCAUUUUACCUGGUGUGAUACGACAAAGCCUCCUGGAUUUGGCCCGCAAAUGGGGGGAAUUCAAGGUUUCAGAAAGAACAAUCACCAUGUCUGACCUGAUUAAAGGCUUGGAGGAGAAAAGGGUGAAGGAGAUAUUUGGCUCGGGCACAGCCUGUGUGGUAUGUCCCGUGGACAGAAUCCUCUAUCAGGGCAAGAAUUAUCAUAUCCCCACAAUGGAAAAUGGACCUGAGAUUGCAAAACGGUUUCUGAAGGAGUUGACAGAUAUUCAGUACGGACGCAUCCCAAGUGACUGGGCCCAGGCAGUUUGCUGAAGACUAUGGGAUUUGACUUUUCCUGCUCUUGUUCAGCUUCACUCUCUUCACCACAGCUGUAUUUAUGACAUGGUUCUAAAGCUUUUCCAAUUUUGCCUUCCGUUUUGUCAGCAGUUUGACUGACCCUCUGCCUGGUUUGGGAGAACUACAGUUUCCCUGAUAUAAACCCAGGCCCUUUAAGGCUGCGAAGCACUCCACAUCAGGAAGGUCUGCCCUGAUCCAGGACUCAGAAGAAUACCAGAUCAACCUCUUUGCGAUGGAAACAAAGCUUUGAACUUCAAGUGGCUUGCUCUACUUCUCUCUCUCCACUCCAAAACUCGGCUGCUUUUUGCUUUUAAGUGCAAUAUUGAGAGAGAGAAUGGGAGAAAAAGAAGGAAUGUGGGGUGUACGCAAAGCUCUAAUACUUCAUGUGCAUGAUUGCCAAUUUUUUUAAAAAAAAAUAGUCGCUUGAAUUCAUGUAGAAGCACAUGUAAAAAAAUGUGUAAUCUAAAUCAUAUUGCUCUUAUAAAAGUUUUAUCAUUUUGGUAUCUUUAUGAAUGGGGCCAAAAUUUAAAAUUUUGGCUCCUAUAUCUUAAACUGAACAUUUCCAGAAAUGUUUCGUGUGGAUGACUCUUCACUUUUAAAGUUAAAUCUGUUGGAUAAAUAAAAGAAGCCUUAGAUCUUCAGAAUUAACGUGGAGCUAUAAUUUGCAGCCAUGGUUGGCUUGUUAAGGCGGAAAAUGAUUCAAAAGUGAUGUGACAAUGAGAAGGAUGGCAUAUAAAUUUAAUAAAUAAACAAAAUUAAACUGCAUCUUUGAGAAGGCUCC